AUGCUUCGAGCUAUUCAACGCCUUCCAAUCAAACGAUGUCUUUGUAAUCUUCCUGAAAAAAAUCCGAAACUUCAUAGAACAAAAGAUCAGAGAGAUAUUACGAACAUGGAUCUUCUUGAAGAACAAAUUCGUCAGAGAAAUUCAGCAGUUAAAAAUCGCGAAAUGAUUGUAGAAGGACAAAAAAUUAAAUGGGCAUACAGAUCUGAGCUGGUUGGACGCCACGACCUCGACAAAAACCAUCGUAACACGUGGAUGGCAUAUCUAGUUAUCAUUCUCAUUGGAUUUGGAGCUUUUGUCGUUGUAAAAUCACAAGUUGUGAUGGGUAGACGCCAAGAAAUGGACGCACGUGAAGCUCUUCGCAAAGAAUUGCAGCUGAGUGGAGACGACAGAAAGAAAGUUGCAGUUGUCUAA